GCUUUGGACCGAAAGCUCAAGUCUGGCAACCUCCGUCUUUUCCAUCAGAUGUUAUUAUUAUUUUAUAAAACUUAAAUUUAUUUAUUUUAAGCCUUUAACAAAAUUUUACAGUUUGGAGAAUGUUCGGCCUCAAGGAGGCGUUCCGCACUUUUAACGGACAAUUUGGAUCAGGAUAUGUCCGAUUCUGCAAGCGCAACUUCGCGGAUGAGGCUUCACAAAUUAGCAGGCCUAAAUGGCGAAAGCCAAUUGGCGAACACACGGGCAUCAACAUUUACAACCAUAGUAUGCGCCAGAAGGUGCCUCUGAUCCUGCGGAACCCCCAAAUGGUCACCUGGUACACCUGCGGACCCACUGUCUACGACUCUGCCCAUUUGGGUCAUGCCAGCACAUACGUCAAGGUGGACAUCCUGCAGCGCAUUCUCCGGGACUACUUCAAAAUCAACCUAGUGACCGCUAUGAACAUCACAGACGUGGAUGACAAGAUCAUUAAUAGGGCCCAGCUCUCCGGCCUAGACUGGCAGAAGAUGGCCCGAGCCUAUGAGGCAGAGUUCCGCCAAGACAUGCUGCGCCUCAACGUACAGCCUCCGGAUGUGCGCAGCCAUGUGACCACCACCAUGCCCGUCAUCGUCCAGUUCAUCCAGCAGCUGAUUACCGAGAAGCAGGCCUACGUUACGCCUGACAAGUCGGUUUACUUUGAUGUUUCUACGAGCCAAAACUAUGGAAAACUGCAGAACUUGGGUCUAAGCGAAGAGAAGUCGGAUCCUGUAAAAAGGAACACUGCGGACUUUGCGCUGUGGAAGGCGCGCAAGAGUGGUAGCGAGCCCACCUGGGAAGCUCCUUGGGGCGGCGAGGGACGUCCCGGCUGGCACAUCGAAUGCAGCGCGAUCGCUGGUCUCUUCUUUGGCCGCCAGUUGGACUUCCAUGCCGGUGGCUUGGACUUGCGCUUCCCGCACCACGAGAACGAGGAGGCACAAUGUUGUGCCCGCUACAAAACAGACCAGUGGGUUAACUACUGGUUGCACACCGGACAGCUUCACAUGGUGGGGGACCCGGAGAAGAUGUCAAAGUCCCUGGGCAACACCAUCUCCGUGACGGACCUGCUCAAGAAGUACAGCGCUGACGAAUUUCGGAUGGCCUGCCUGUUGUCAAACUACCGCAAUGCCAUGCCUUAUAGCGACCAGUUAAUGUCGACCGCUCGGCAGACUCUCCAGCGCUUUAAGAACUUCCGGGCGGAUCUGAGUGCCUACACACAGUUCCUUAAGCCGGUACACUUAAUGGACGAGGGUGCGCUAAGGGCUCAACUGGCUCACACGGUAACCGAGUUCGAUAAUUCUCUGCGAGAUGACUUCGAUACCGCUCGAGCUAUUAGCGUUCUGAUGGAUCAGAUGAGCAGCAUAAGUCGGUGCAUCAACGAGCAGCAGGUUGAUGCCCAGGAGGAGCCUGCCUACUGCAUGGAUCUUCUUCUGGCCGCCGGAAAUUUUAUUAACCGUGCCAUAGUAACGUUUGGGAUAUCAGAGUUGCUGGAAAGAGAAUCGGUGCAGGAAAGGGUAUCUUCGGAGCAUGGCAUCGAUCCCUCUUUGUUAGUGGACGAUGUGAUAAGCGUUCGAAGGAGGAUGCGGGAGAACGCUACUUCCGGGGAUGUAAAGAACAUCCAGCUUCUGGCGGCUUGCGAUGACCUGAGGAGCUUGCUCCAACAGCACGGCAUAAAGGUGCGCGACCACAAGCAGGGAAGCUCGUGGGUAUUUGCCGUGUCCUGUCAGAAGCCCAAUGACUAAAUCGAAAGCUCUGCCGAAUAAAAGCCAAUCUAUUAUUCUUUGGAUCGUUAUUACAUAAA